UAGUCUUGUUCGUUCGGUCGUUCCGAGUGCACGUGCUUGUCUGUGACUUUCUCUUUUUUUUUCGGAAAUUGCGUCUCAAAUUUUUGGAAACUUUUUUACCACUAACUCUUGUCUCUCUUUGUGUGAGUGAAUCUUUUUUUGAAAAAUCCAACCGAAAAUGCCCCGUUUUAACGCCGAAUCCGCCGGUAAUGUCCAGCCGGGCCGGGUUAUGAUUGUGCUGAGGGAGACGUGCGUGCCGGAUGACGUCAUUCGGGACAUGGUGGACAAGCAGGGAGAGGUUAAAAGUAUGCACCGGCCCGCAAAUAACCAGCAGCUGUGUUUCAUCCAGUACGCGGAUCCGGACACCGCCGCCCGAGCCAUCGAAGAACUUCGGUCCUUUCCACUUUUCAAAGCGGUAGACCCAGCACUCAAAUCGGAACGCUACCAGGAGAACCAUCCCAACGAUCAGAACCAGAAGAAGCAGCAGGACUACCUUCUCGAGUGUCCCCAGCCCUUGUUCUUUCCGCUGCCCCUUCCCCACUGGGACCUGAUGAUCUUUGACCGGACGUACGCCUUCUUCAGCGCCGUCUGGAACGGCGUCGAGAUCGUUUCGUUUUACGCGGCCGGCCAGGCCGUCACCAUUCUGUACCCCCUGACGUGCCACAACCCGUUCGAUCCGCUCCGGCCACUGCCGGCGUCUACGCUGACGACCGUUGCGGCAACGCGCAGCUCGAGUGCCGCAUUUUCCAUGAAAGUUGACCAGUCGACGGCCUCGACGACGCCGACCAAGACGGACGAAUCGACUGCACGGACCUCGAACAAGCAGUUCAACCAGAACCGGAACGAUGGUCGCAACAAUUACAACAACAACAACAACAACUUUAGACGAAACGAUGGUGGGUUAAACAACCGGAACGGCGACAUGGAUUCACCGCCGAGACAGGCGCCAAUGGAAACCCAGCAGGAAGUUCCGCUCGGGUGCUGGUACUGUGCGAAGAUGCCCAACUUUGAGUGUCAGUGUGGUGCGUUCUACUGCGAUACCGGGUGCCAACGAGCUGAUUGGCCCAAGCACAAGGACAACUGUAUGCCGCGCAUGGUUCCGAUAUCUUUCUCCAACAAGAUGAUUCUGCAGCAAGCGGUCGCGUCCAGGAACGCUUCCACGAUCUCGAGCACGCCGUACACUCCGUCCUCGCCGGAAUAUAGCGGCAACAACCAGCAACAACAGAGACAACAGCCCCAGCAGAAUCGCUUCAACGGAAAUGACUACAACCAACAGCAGCAGCAGCAGCAGUACGGCCAACGGAACAACCAGCAGCAAAACGUACAGAACCGACUUGCAAAUGGGCAGCGUCAGAUCUCGCAGCAGAAUGGUAGCGAUCAGCAGGUCAGCGAGGCCGCCACCAAGCUGCAGCGUAUUAAGCUGAACAAAGCGGGUUCGAGCUCGUCGCCGGGACGGAAGCAGAUCCUGGAACCGGGACGUUUCCCGCCGGAAGGUGCGCGCGUCAAAAUCACGACUUCGCUGCAGUCGGGCUGUCUGUACAUUUACCACAACAACGGUGGCCAACACGGCGGCCAGAGUGACUUCCAGGCGUUGAUCAACCGGCUGCACCAGGCCGCUGACAACGAGUCCCGUCCGUUGGCGGGCACUCCGAAGGUGGACGACGUGGUGUUUGCUCCGUACCAGGGUAUGUUCUACCGGGCCAAGGUGCUGGCCGUGAAGGAGACUAAAAUCGACGUUCAGUUUCCGGACUUUGGCAACCUGGAGACGGUCGCGUUGAAGGAAUGCCGCGAAAUCUUAAAUGAAGAGCUCAAGUGGGCGAAGUAUUUGUCCUUUCCGGUGAUGCUGGACGGCGUUGAGGGUCCGCUGACCAAGGAGCAGAAGCAGAUGGUCGAGCACCUCGAGUUUGAGGAGGAGUUUGAACUGGUGGCGGCCGAAACGGUUCCGGACUCGGAGGUGCGCCAGGUGGUGCUGAAGCGCGAACGGCAGAACGUGACGCUGAACAUGGCGCUGGUUGAGCUGAAGGAGAAGGAGGCGCGAAAGCGGCGUCUACGCGAGGAACAGCGUGCUGCGAAGGAACGGCUCGAAAAGGCGGAAAAGGAGAAGCAGGAGGUGGCUGCGAAGAUUCCCGACCCGGACACGUACAAACCGCUUAUUUUCGAUGAAGUUGCCACGGCGAAGCAACUGACGGCGGACAAACGCUACACGCUGUGCAUCAUCGACGCCAGCGAGGUCCUAGAGAGUAAGCUAAUUUCCGUAAUCGCCGCCGAACACGCGCCCCAGUACGGAGAGGUCGUGGCUGAUUGCGAACGGUUCGGGCUGGCCGAUCCGAACGAAUACCAGCCGAAAAUGCAAGGCGAGCUGUGCCUCGGCCGCUACAAGGCCGACUGGUCCCGGGUUCUGUACGACGACGAGGAAAAUUCGCUGCUGCUGGACGUGGGCACGCUCGUCACCCCGGACGAGUUUCGGCGAUUCCCGGCUGGCCUAAGCUGCACCGUUUACAACAACGAAGUCUUUGUUGAAAAUAUGCCGCUCCUGGAGCAGAUGAUGAAGGACGGCAAGCCGGAAAGUAUCCACGGGAACACUGUUGACGCGUGGGUGGCCGUGUCGGACAACGGAUCGCUCGGCAUUCGCAUCAUUCCCAAAGCCAACUGAAAGCGAGCAGCUAAGUAGAGGGCAGCAGGCCCCUUGAUUGGUGGUUGCUGUUGCGCGACCAAGCGUCGCCAUCUAUGAUUGUUUUAUUUAUUUUUAACCUGUAUUGUGCAUUUUUGACAGUUGUUUUAAAUAUUUUCCCAGUAUCGUGCUUAAAGAUGUAAAUGAAAGUUUGGAAACAAGUACUGAAAGACGACACAGAAAUUCUCGAACUCUAAAUCUUUGAAAGGAGAGUCAUCAUUUGAACAAGUAGUCUUCAUACCAACCACAAAAAAAAUAUGUCGAUCUCGCUGAGAUUUUUAACUUUUUCAUGAUUUAACUUUAGAAUUGUACAGCUGGAUUUCUUUAAAUGUAAACUCUACAGUCUGAAAACAUUAGAAUCUUUUGAUUGUUGAUUCUAAAAUCAGAAAAAAGCUUGAACUUCCACUCUGAAGUUACCAAAAUUAGCUGUAAAGUUUGAAAUAGUUUAUCAACCACCUUAGAAAGCCAAAUCAAAAACAAAAAAAUGUCACAUUUAUCUCUGCUAUUGAAAAUACAAUCACUGUGA